AUGGGAUGGUUCUGGUCCUCGUCGUCGCCCAAGAGCGAGGAAUCUAACACCAAAGCUCCCACCUCAACCCCUCUCCCGCCAUCACAAUCAAUCCAGACUACCCCCCAACUGUCCCAGCCCAAGCGCCCUGAGACAGAAGAGGAAGCCGCAGACCGCGAAAUGGCCCUCUUCAUCGGCAUGCUCAUGAAAGAAGCCAAGGCCGACGAGGAGGCCGAGGCCGCAGCAGCCGCUAAUUCCAAAGCCGCUUCAUCAUCCACUUCUAAGCUCCCCUCCUGGAUUCCCUUCGGCCGCGUCAAAUCAGCCGGUGAAACUCCUGGGCAAACAGAUACCACUGGACAGCAACAAAAGCCUAAGAAGACCCGUCCCCCCCACUCCUACGCCAUGUCCGAGCACCUCCUCCCAACCACCAUGUCCUGCCGCGACGCCUUCGAUUACGCCUGGCACUGCCACACACCCGGUUCUCAGUUGAAUGCAGUCUACCGCUAUGGCACCCUCCGCACUUGCUCCGAGCUAUGGGACGAUUUCUGGUUUUGCAUGCGCGUGAAAUCCUUCUCUCCCCAGAUGCGCGAGGAAGCAAUCAAAGCACACUAUCGGGCAAAGGAAGAAGCUAAGUAUGGCGGGGGCAAGCCGAGCAGUGAGGAUGUGUGGGAGAGUCGGGAGGAGAGGGUUGAGCCCGGGACGGCGUUUAGGGGGCGGUUUGAGAGGAAGAUUGAAAAUGAUAAGGAGUUUUUGAGGCAGGAUGCCGAGAGGAGGAGGAAGAUAAGGGACGAGUUGGGGUUUAACGAGUCGGAUAAGGGACAGUGA